CACGCAUGCGCACAGGACCCUGAAGGCCUUGAAAAUGUCGGCUGCAGGUUAAAAACGAGAAGGAAUUUGUCUCCAGGAAUCUCAAUCAUGGCACGCCAGUUUUGUUGACUCUUUCUAGGUAUUUUAGAAGUGGAGCAGGGGAUUCAAUUGACCAUCCUUCCUGCUCAGACUGUGGGGAGGAAUUCACUCGGUCAUUUGACCAACUGGCACGCCCAUCAUUUUACACAGGAGAACGGCCGUUCACCUGCUCAGACAGUGGAAAUGGAUUCACUCGGUUAUCACAAUUGAAGGUACAUCAGCAAGUUCAUACUGGGCAAGGCCAUUUUCCUGUUCUGUGUGUGAGAAAGGAUUCAGUCAGUCAUCCCAGUCAGUUCACAAUAGGCAGAGGCUGCUCCUCUGCUGAAUUUACGAGGACCGAUUCACUCGGUCAUCUGACCUAAUGGCUCACCAGCGAGUUCACACCAGGGAGCGGCCAUUCACCUGUUUGGACUGUAGGAAGGGAUUCACUUGCUCAUAUAAACUGAAAGUUCAUCAUCGAGUUCACACUGGUGAGAAACCAUUCACCUGCUCAGUCUGUGAAAAGAGAUUCAGUCACUCUUCCACACUACGGAGACACCAGCGAGUUCACACUGGGGAGAAGCCAUUCACCUGCUCAGUCUGUGGGAAGAGAUUCUCUGAGUCAUCUGCCCUACUGGUACAUCAGCGAGUUCACACCGGGGAGAAGCCGUUCAUCUGCUCAGACUGUGGGAAGAGAUUCACCGAGUCAUCUGGCCUACUGGUACAUCAGCGUGUUCACACUGGGGAGAAGCCAUUUACCUGCUCAGACUGUGGGAAGAGAUUCACUCAGUCAUCCACCCUACAGAGUCAUCUGCGAGUUCACACUGGAGAGAGGCCGUUCUCCUGCUCAGAGUGUGGGAAGGGAUUCAUUCGGUCAUCCCAACUACUGGCACACCAGCGCGUGCACACUGGGGAGUGGCCUUUCACCUGCUCAGAAUGUGGGAAAGGAUUCACUGAGUCAUCCACCCUACAGAGACAUCAGCGAGUUCACACUGGGGAGAAGCCGUUCACCUGCUCAGUCUGUGGGAAGAGAUUCACUCAUUCAUCCACCAUACAGAGACACCAGUCAGUUCACACUGGGGAGAGGCCGUUCACCUGCUCAGACUGUGGGAAGGGAUGCACUAAAUCAUCUAUACUGAAAGUACAUCAGCGAGUUCAUGCUGGAGAGAGGCGGUUCACCUGUUCAGAAUGUGGGAAGGGAUUCACUCAGUUACACCAUCUACAGAGGCACCAGCGAGUUCACACUGGGGAGAAGCCAUUCACCUGCUCGGAAUGUGGGAAGAGAUUCACUGAUUCAUCCAUCCUACAGAGACACCAGCGAGUUCACACUGGAGAGAAGCCGUUCACUUGCUCAGUCUGUGGGAAGAGAUUCACUCGGUUAUCCACCCUACGGAAUCAUCAGCGAAUUCAUACUGGGGAGAAGCCAUUCACCUGCUCGGAAUGUGGGAAAGGAUUCACUGAUUCAUCCAACCUACAGAAACAUCAGCGAAUUCACACUGGGGAGAAGCCGUUCACCUGCUCAGAAUGUGAGAAGAGAUUCACUGAUUCAUCCACCCUACAGAAGCAUCAGCGAGUUCACACUGGGGAGAAGCCGUUCACAUGCUCAGUCUGUGGGAAGGGAUUCACUCGGUCAUCCACCCUACAGAGUCAUCAGCGAGUUCACACUGGGGAGAAGCCGUUCACUUGCUCAGAAUGUGGGAAAGGAUUCACCCAGUCAUCCCGACUACUGGCACACCUGUCAGUUCACGAUGGGGAGUGGCCGUUGUUAUGAAUCUCUAGGUUUCAUUUGUUGUGGACUAUCAUUUCAAGAGAGAGAGAGAGAGAGAGAUUAGGAAGGUGAAUCAGUCUGACUUGCUACUUGUUUACAUCACUCGCAGCUUGUUUAGUUUUAACCGAGGACACAGACACUCAGAGUCAGACAGAGACGAAGGAGGAAAAAUGGAAGGAUUGAAACCAGGGAACUAGUGGCCAAGAGUCACUGUUUGGAUUUUCCUAUGCCCACAAGUGUGAGCUAAUUAUCAAUUCCGUCAUCUCGUUUGAUCCAUAGGAGUGGAUCGGAUUUGGGGUAUCCUGUGAAGACCACUGAAUGUGUUAACCCUUGCCUGGGCAUGGUGUGGUAAUUCACUUGAACAGGAUACCCCUUGUGACAAGUCACUUUCGGUGAUAAUUCAUAUGUGGAUUUGGAAUGAUGACAGAUCAAAUCUACAGUGACUGUUCCCCCAUUUUACCUCCAUGGAACCUGUGGAAUUCGAUAAAAUUUCCUUCUCUCGACAUUUACCCUGGAUUACAAAUAUGUCUCUCUCAUCACCUAUUCUGUGGUUGAACUGAACUUACAUACUUUAGUAUCUCAAGACUCCAAGUCUUGUUUCCCCCGAGCUCAAUAGUUUGGGAGUUAUAUUUACACGCAUAUAUACACAUAACACUGUUAACUUCUGUUCAUCGUGCUUAAGUUACCAGAUUACAAGGAGAUUCUAAUAAGGAUAGUUUUAACAUCAAAAACAGACUCAGGUGUAGUGGGGCCUGUGUCCAGGAUAUGAACAGAUUUGGGGGCGUAUUGAUUAAUUAUCGAUUUCAUUGGGGAAAUCCCUUUUGAUUUAUUUGUGGGUGGAAAAUCAGCAGCAAUGGAUGUUGAUAGAUAUCUGGAAGUGCCAACCUCUGAGGCAUUAGAUGACGCCAGAAGGAUUGGGUUGUUGAGUAUUGCUAAAAGGUUAAAAAUUGCUAAGGUGAAAUUUAUGAUCAGGUGGGCACAGAUGCAGAGGAUAACAGCUGAACAUUAUGUAUCUGACAAUGUGUUUAAAAUGGAGGUGUUGGAGGUGUUUCCUGAAAGUAAACCUCGUGAGCUUGAGCUCCCGUAUAAAUGACAAAAAUUAAAGAUGGAGGCUGCAGAAAGGCAGAGGCCAUUUAAAGCUAGAGAGGCAGAAAAAUAGAGAGAAGAGGCAGUAAAACAGUGGGAGGACGCAGAAAGACAGAGGCUGUUCGAGCUGGAAAAGAUAGAGAGAUUACAGCAAAGGGGUCUAGUGUUACACUCUGGUGAUAAGUUUGAGGCCAGUUGGGAAGUUAAAUUGCUGCCUCCAUUUGACAAGGCAAAGGUUGAUAAACACUUCCAGUAUUUUGAGAAGGUUGCUCAGAGUUUAAAGUGGUCAAAAGAGGGUUGUCCUAUUCUCUUACAUAGUGCAAUUAAGGGGGAGGCUCAGCAAGCCUAUUCUGCUUUGACAAUUGAUGAAGCAGCUGAUUAUAGAACAUAGAACAGCACAUCACAGUACAGGCCCUUCAGCCCACAAUGUUGUGCUGACCUUUAAUCCCUGCCCCCCAUAUAUCCUCCACCCACUUAAAUUCCUCCAUAUAUCUGUCUAGUAGUCUCUAGUGUAUCUGCCUCCACCACUGACUCAGGCAGUGCAUUCCGCACACCAACCACUCUCUGAGUUAGAAAAAAAACCUUCCUCUAAUAUACCCCUUGAACUCCGCACCCCUUACCUUAAUGCCAUGUCCUCUUGUAUUGAGCAGUGGUACCCUAGGGAAGAGGCACUGGCUGCCCACUCUAUCUAUGCCUCUUAAUAUCUUGUAUACCCCUAUCAUGUCUCCUGUUAUCCUCCUUCUCUUCAACGAGUAAAGCCCUAGCUCCCUUAAUCUCUGAUCAUAAUGCAUGCAGUCUAAACCAGACAUUAUCCUGGUAUAUCUCCCCUGUACCCUUUCCAAUGCUUCCAUAUCUUUCUGAUAGUGAGGUGACCAGAAUUGGAUACAGUACUCCAAGUGUGGCCUAACCAGAGUUUUAUAGAGCAGCAUCAUUACAUCGCGACUCUUAAACUCUAUCCCUCAACUUAUGAAAGCUAACACUCCAUAAGCUUUCUUAACUACCCUACCUACACGUGAGGCAACUUUCUGGGAUCUGGGGACAUAAACCCCCAGAUCCCUCUGCUCCUCCACAGUACCAAGUGUCCUGCCAUUUACUUUGUACUCUGUCUUGGAGUUUCACCUUCCAAAUUGCACCACCUCACACUUCUCCAGGUUGUACUCCAUCUGCCACUUUUCAGCCCAUUCCUGGAUCCUAUCAAUGUCUGUCUGCAAUCUUUGUCAAUCCUCUACACUAUCCACAACACCACCAACCUUUGUGUCAUCUGCAACCUUGUCAACCCUCCCUUCUACCCCCAUAUCCAGGUCGUUAAUAAAAAUCACGAAAAGUAAGGGUCCCAGUACCGAUUUAUGUGGGACACCACAAGUUACAACCCUCAAAUCCAAAAUGUACUCACUCCACCAUGACUGUCUGCUUUCUGUAGGUAAGCCAAUUCUGAAUCCACCUGGCCAAAUAUCCCUUCUGACUUUCUGAAUAAGCUUACCGUGGGGAACCUUAUCACAUAGUGAAACAGGCUGUGCUCAAAGCUUACAAGAUGGUCUCAGAAUCAUACUGCAAAUGUUUAGAAAUUUGAGGAAAUCUGUGAACCAGACUUAUAUGGAAUUUGCUUAUGAGAAGUUUGUGUGUUUUGACCGCUGGUGCACAUGUAAAAAUGUGAAUGAUGAUUUUAACAGCUUGAAAGAGUUGGUUUUAAUUGAAGAAUUCAAAAGCUGAGUGUCUGAUGACCUAAAGACAUAUUUAGAUGAAAAGGAUGCUGCCACUUUGCAGGAGUCUGCUAGAUUAGCAGAUGAGUUUGUUUUAACUUAUAAGGUUAAGUUUACCCAGAAUAAGAGCUUCCAAAAGAGUAGCAGGGAUAACCAGGGUAAACCAGAAAUUGAAGCUGGGACCAGUGACAAGAGUAAGGAUGAAGGGAAGCAGUUGAAGGAGAAAUAUUCUGGUCUCACUUGUUACUAUUGUAAGAAAUCUGGUCAUAUGAUGGCUAAUUGUUCUGUCCUGAAGAAGAAAAAGGAAAAGGAGGCAGUCCCAAAUGCCUGUGUUCAGUAUGUUGAAGCACCUAUAAACCCAUAGGGUUCUGAACAUUCUGUUGAGGCUCAAUUAAGGACUGAGAGGUCUGACCGAGAUAAGAAGGGAUUCGAUCAUUUUAUGUCAGAUGGGUUUGUAUUAGCAAAGGAAGGGUCAACCCCAGUACCAGUGAAAAUUCUUCGAGAUACUGGGGCUUCUCAGUCACUUAUAUUAGACAGUGUUCUAAUGUUUGGUGAUGAGACUGACACUGGAGAGGAGAGAUAAAUCUAAUUAAAGGCAUUGGGGUCGGUAUCGUUUCUGUACCAUUGCACAAGGUAACUUUACAGUCAGGGUUGGUUUCGGGACCUGUUAAGAUUGGAUUAUGCUCCAGUUUACCGGUGGAAGAUGUAACUUUGCUGUUAGGGAAUGACCUGGCAAAUGUUAAAGUUGUUCCUGCAGUGCAGUUCACAACUAAGUCAGCCACUGACGACCCACAAAUGGAUUUUAACAUUCAUCAUUCCUGCGCAGUAACUAGAAGUAUGGCUAAAAAGUCUGCCGAUGCAGACAGUUCUGUGCAGCAUGAUUCUGAUACCCAUGAUGGCCAAAAUCGGGAUUCAGGUUAUGACGACUUGUCAGGGACUUCUCUGCCUUCAUUUUUUCAACAGGAUUCAGGUAGUAAGUCUGAUGAGAAAGACUUAUUCCUGUCUAGGAAGGAGUUUAUUGCAGAAGAGAACCAAGACCCUGAGAGUGAAGUUUUGAAAGAAACAGCUGUCUCAGAUGAUGAGAUUAAGAAAGUGCCAGUAGGAUAUUAUCUCGAGGAUGGAGUGUUAAUGAGGAAGUGGAGGCCACCUGCUAUACCAGCAAGUGAGGAAUGGGCAAUUGUUCAUCAAGUUGUAGUUCCUAAAGUUUAUAGGGCUGAAAUUUUAACUUUGGCCCGUAGUAUGCCCUUUGGUCGACAUUUUGGAGUGAAUAAAACUGUAAACAGGAUUAUGAAAUACUUCUACAUGCCUAAUUUUGGGAAAUACGUUGUGACCUUUUGCAGAACCUGUCACACUUGUCAUGUCGGUGUCGGUUUGAUAGAAGGCCCACCGUGGUCUAUACCUGCAUUCGGUGAACCCUUUUCUAAAGUUAUCGUGGAUUGAGUUUGCCCGUUGCCAAAUACUAAAGCUGGCCAUCAGUAUUUUCUAACUAUUAUGAGUACUGCAUCCAGAUUCCCAGAGGCAAUACCUCUCAGAAAUAUUAAAGUUAAAACUCUGGUGAAGGCUGUUACCAAAUUUUUUUACUUGAUUUGGUUUGCCUAAAGAAAUCCAGUCUGAUCAAGGAAGUAAUUUUACAACUGGAUUAUUCCAGCAGGUAGUUUAUGAACUGGGAGCUAAACAAAUUACAUCAUCCGCAUUCCAUCAUGGGUUCCAGAAAGAUUUCACUCUACCCUCAAAACAAUGACAAAGACAUAAUGUGUUCCACACAGUUUCUCUCUCUCUCACACUGUGCCUUGUAAAGGCUUGAAAAAGACAUAAUCGGACGCACGCACAUACACGCCAAAAAAAGACACUGUGUUGAAAAUGUAAAAGACUGGGAUGAAGGAAUGCUUUUGUUGGCAGUAAGAGAGUUGAUAUCGGAAUCACUGGGCUUUAGUCCAUUUGAACUUGUAUUUCGUCACAGAGUGAAGUGACCUUUGCCCUUGUUAAAGAGACAGUGGGUUGAUGGGGACAUACAUGUUAACUUGUUAGACUAUGUUUUGAAGUUCAAAAAUAAACUACACCAGGCCUGUACUCUAGCGAGACAAAACUUAAAGAUUUCUCAAAACAAAAUGAAGUGUUGGUUUGAUAAGCGGGCUUGCGUAAUAAAAUACCAGGUGGGGGAUAAGGUUCUUGCCUAUUUCCAAUGUUGACGAAUCCACCUCAGGCGAAAUUCAACAGACUGUAUGAAAUAGUCUCUCAAAUUAACGAUGUGAAUUAUGUUAUUAAAACACCCGACCGACGUAAACUAA